AUGGCAUCUUGCUUCCACAGCCCAAACAUCGAAGAUGAUACUGCCGCCCUAUUCACCGCCUCCGACAACUCCCCGGAGCAAUCCACCACCCCCUCCUCCUCCUCUCGCCAUUCACCACCACCACCACCUUACCCUUCCAAACCAUCCUACAAACUCACCGUCAAAAACCUCUCCUACACCAUCAAAUCAAGCCACCAAUUCACACUUCCAUGGCUCCUAAACAAGCCAAAACGAAUCAAUAUCCUCAAAUCAGUAUCCUUCAUAGCACAAAGCUCAGAGAUCAUGGCGAUUGUGGGGCCAAGUGGGAGCGGGAAGUCGAGUUUGCUUCAUUUUAUCUCGGGGCGUGUUCAUGACAACACUUUGGAUCCCAAAACCACCAUUUCACUCAACGAUUUCCCAAUCACGAGCCCUUCGCAGAUGAAGAAGAUAUGCGGGUUUGUGGCACAAGAAGAUAACUUGCUUCCUUUGCUAACCGUAAAGGAAACAUUAAUGUAUAGUGCUAAGUUUCAGCUAACUGAAAUGAGCUCAAAAGAGAAGGAACAUCGAGUCGAGUGUCUAAUCCAUGAGCUUGGCUUGGUUCACGUUUGUGAUAGUUUCGUAGGAGAUGAAAACGAUCGAGGGAUAUCAGGAGGAGAGAGGAAACGGGUGUCAAUUGGUGUCGACAUGAUUCCCGAUCCUCCAAUUCUACUCCUUGACGAACCUACGUCAGGUUUGGAUAGCAGCUCGGCCCUUCAAGUGAUCGAGCUGCUAUCCAACAUGGCAACAUCAAAACAACGAACCAUCAUUUUAUCAAUCCAUCAACCGAGUUACCGAGUCCUUCAAUACAUUUCCAACUUCCUAAUCCUCUCCGACGGAUCUGUAAUCCAUAAUGGCUCCCUCGAAUCACUCGAGGGAACCAUUAACCAGCUGGGAUUCGAAAUCCCAGCUCAACUCAACGCGCUUGAAUUCUCCAUGGAAAUCAAAGAAACCCUAGAAACAUCAUACAACUCAAAAGAACCGGUUGCCACGUUUCAAGAACUUAUCGAACCCUCUUUCGCGACAGUAUGGGCCGAACAAACAAACGGUACGUUUCAAGAGCUUUUACGAAGAGAUCAAUCAGUCCAGCCAAAAGCUCGAUAUAAUGAAAUUCUGAUUCUUUGCACGAGAUUUUGGAAAACUAUAUACAGAACAAAACAACUUUUCUUAGCAAGAACGAUGCAAGCAGUUGUGGGAGGGCUCGGUUUAGGUAGCGUGUAUGUAAAGGUCGAGAAUAACGAAAAUGGUAUCGCAGAAAGAUUAGGACUUUUUGCUUUUAGUCUUAGCUUCCUUCUCUCUUCAACAGUUGAAGCCCUACCGAUAUAUCUUCAAGAACGUAGAGUUUUAAUGAAAGAAGCAUCGAGAGGAGCCUACAAGACUUCAUCUUACAUGAUCGCCAACACCAUCGUGUUCCUCCCGUUUCUUUUUAUAAUCGGCCUCCUCUUUUCGAUUCCUGUAUAUUGGCUAGUGGGACUUGACCCUUCGGCGACUGCAUUUGCGUUUUUCGUGUUUGUGGUGUGGCUAAUCGUGCUAAUGGCUAGUUCGUUGGUUCUCUUUCUGAGUGCAGUUUCUCCUGAUUUCAUCUCCGGGAACUCGUUGAUUUCCACUGUUCUUGGUGCGUUUUUUCUGUUUUCAGGGUAUUUUAUACCGAAAGAAGUGAUACCGAAGUAUUGGAUGUUUAUGUAUUAUGUGUCGUUGUAUCGGUAUCCAUUGGACUCCUGGUUGGUGAACGAGUAUUGGGGCCGGAGGGAGGUUUGUUUUUCCGGUGAGGGUAGUGGUUCGACGUGCUUGAUGACUGGAGACGAUAUCUUGAAGGGGAGAGGGCUUGAGUGGGAUACACGAUGGAUGAAUGUAGGCGUGAUGUUUGGGUUCUUUGUGUUUUAUAGGGUACUUUGUUGGAUCAUUCUUGCACGAAAGGUUUCGAACACAACAAUAUGA